AUGUCGCACUCAAUGUUUGCCUCGUCAAGGGCCCUUCAAGGCGCCCUGCGAAAGCUGCCUGCGCGACAAUGCCAGCGAUGCAUCUCCAGCAGCGCAUUCCAGCCGAAACAGCUUCGGCCUGUCCUCCCGCGAGUGCCUGUUCAGUCCCGACAGCCGAUUACACAGAAGCGAACGAAAUACAAGACAAUCGAGCAAGCAAAGAGUCGGUAUAGCACAGGGCCCUUCUCGUGGAAGGCAGCCAUCUUGUUUGUGGCUACAUGUGGUGGACUGGUGUGGUACUUUGAAUUCGAAAAAGAGCGCAUGCAGCGAAAGAGAGUAGCAGAGACCACAAAGGGCGUUGGCCGUCCUAAAGUUGGCGGACCCUUCGAGCUGAUUGAUCAAAACGGCGAGAAAUUUACCGACGAAAUGAUGCGCGGCAGGCAUUCACUGGUCUACUUUGGAUUCACGCGCUGCCCCGAUAUCUGCCCGGAAGAGCUCGACAAGAUGGCCCGCAUGCUGGAGAUUGUCGAUGCCAAGAUCCCCAACAACGGACUGCUCCCCAUCUUUGUGACCUGCGACCCGGCCCGCGACGACCCUGCAGCGCUCAAGGACUACCUUGCUGAAUUCAGCCCCAAGCUGAUUGGUCUGACGGGUACCUAUGAUGAAAUUAAAGAGAUGUGCAAGAAGUAUAGAGUGUACUUUAGCACGCCACGAGACGUCAAGCCUGGACAGGACUACUUGGUCGAUCACAGCAUCUACUUUUACCUGAUGGAUCCAGAUGGCGACUUUGUAGAGGCUCUGGGACGACAGCAUUCACCAGAAGAGGGUGCGAAGCUGUUGACUGAUCACUUGAAUGACUGGAAGAGGAACCAUUAG